ACUUUACAAUUAUUAUUUUAGUUUAAUGGAAAUGUUUACAGUGCGUACACGUUCCUCGCUUAACAUAGACAAACGUCAAAAUCGCCCUUUUCUGGAAAUAACAGCAAAUGGUGCAAAUAUACCUUUGGAGGUGGAGAACUGGCAGGAACGUUGGUGUUCUUUACCCAUUUCGGAGGCAUAUUUCAAAAGACUGUAUGAAUUUGAGGUAAAAGAUGAUGAUCUUUAUGUGGUGACAUUUCCAAAAUGUGGCACUACCUGGAUACAAGAGGCCUGUUGGCUGUUGGUAAAUAAUUUGGAUUUUACCAAGGCCAAUGCAGAAGAUUUGCCUUUUCGUAGUGUUUUUAUGGACUUAAGUGCUUUGUACACCGAUAUACCCAAGAAUACCAUUGAUUUGGCGGAACAGGCUGCUUCACCCAGAGUUCUUAAAACCCAUCUACCGGCCCAUUUAAUACCCAAACAAAUUUGGCAAAAGAAAUCGAAGAUUGUCUACUGUGCUCGCAACCCCAAAGACAUGGUAGUCUCCUAUUUCCACUUUCAUCGUGGUCUAGGCACCUGGCAGGGUGAUAUUAAUGAAUUCGUAGAGGAUUUGAUCAAUAACGAUAUUAUGUAUUGUCCCUAUUGGGAGCAUAUUAUGGAUUUUUGGCGUAUGCGUAAGGAGCACAAUAUAUUCUUUACCACCUAUGAAGAUAUGAAGGGAGAUUUGAGGACAGUUUUAAUAAAUCUCAACCAAUUUUUAGAGAGACCUGAACUAAGUGAGGCACAACUUCAACAAUUGGAAAAACAUUUAUCAUUUGAGCAAAUGAAGGCCAAUAAACGUGUAAAUCCCACUUUUAAUAUAAAGUCUGGUCAUGGCAGUCCCAAUGUGCGGGCUGACUUUGAAUUUAUGCGCCGCGGUGUUGUGGGCUCUCAUAAAGAUGAAUUAACUCCCGAAAUUCAAAAGAAAUUAGAUAACUGGAUAGCUGAGCAUUUGAAAAAGUUCAAUAUUAAAUUAGAGGAUAUUUUUGGCAGCAUUUAAAACGUAGAAAACAAAGAACUUUCAACAGAUUUAUAUAGAAAAUACAAUAAAUUCGUUAUAAAACCUAGCGAUGAAAAAGUAACAGAUCACUGAUCAAUCGUUGAAAAUAUAUAUCGAUCAACUAACAAUUAUACUCUAAUCGUUGAUAAUCCUUCACUGAUAAUUGAUAAUAAUUGUUAAUAGAUUCUUUAUAAAUGAAAGUUUAAAUCCAUUGAUCGUUGAUCGUUAAUCCUCUAUAAAUUUUUCACAGAAUAUAUUUUUAUUAUCGUUCCUCAAA